AUGGCUAUGCAAAUGCAGCUUGAAGCAAAUGCAGAUACUUCAGUGGAAGAAGAGAGCUUUGGCCCACAACCUAUAUCUCGAUUAGAGCAAUGUGGCAUAAAUGCCAAUGAUGUGAAGAAAUUGGAAGAAGCUGGAUUCCAUACUGUGGAGGCUGUUGCUUAUGCACCAAAAAAGGAACUAAUAAAUAUUAAGGGGAUUAGUGAAGCCAAAGCUGAUAAAAUUCUGACUGAGGCAGCCAAGUUAGUUCCAAUGGGUUUCACUACUGCAACUGAGUUCCACCAAAGGCGAUCAGAGAUCAUACAGAUUACUACCGGCUCCAAAGAACUUGACAAACUACUUCAAGGAGGAAUUGAGACUGGAUCAAUUACAGAGAUGUUUGGAGAAUUCCGAACUGGGAAGACUCAGAUCUGUCAUACAUUGGCUGUAACAUGCCAGCUUCCCAUUGACCGAGGUGGAGGAGAAGGAAAGGCCAUGUACAUUGACACUGAAGGUACUUUUAGGCCAGAAAGGCUGCUAGCAGUGGCUGAGAGAUAUGGUCUCUCCGGCAGUGAUGUCCUGGAUAAUGUAGCAUAUGCUCGAGGGUUCAACACAGACCACCAGACCCAGCUCCUUUAUCAAGCAUCAGCCAUGAUGGUAGAAUCUAGGUAUGCACUGUUAAUUGUAGACAGUGCCACUGCCCUCUACAGAACCGACUAUUCAGGUCGAGGGGAACUUUCAGCCAGGCAGAUGCACCUGGCCAGGUUUCUGCGGAUGCUUCUGCGACUUGCUGAUGAGUUUGGUGUAGCAGUGGUGAUCACCAACCAGGUGGUAGCCCAAGUGGAUGGAGCAGCCAUGUUUGCUGCAGAUCCUAAAAAACCUAUUGGAGGAAAUAUCAUUGCUCAUGCCUCAACAACCAGACUGUAUCUGAGGAAAGGAAGAGGGGAAACCAGAAUCUGCAAAAUCUACGAUUCUCCCUGUCUUCCUGAAGCUGAAGCUAUGUUUGCCAUCAAUGCAGAUGGAGUGGGAGAUGCCAAAGACUGA